AGCUUUACGACAGGAUACCCGCCAAACCACAGGAAGCGGAAGAAGAAGGCGUCGACGCAGCUUCCGGCGUCACUAUGGCGGCUCACGCGAGUGAACUGGAGAUAGCCAAGAAGAACCUGACCGAUGCUAUAGGAGAUAAUGUCAAACAUUAUUGGGCCAAUCUCAAGCUCUGGUUCAAGCAGAAGAUCAGUAAGGAGGAGUUUGACCUGGAGGCCCGGCGUCUUCUGGCCCAGGAGAACGUCCACGUUCACAAUGACUUCCUGCUGCCAUCCAUCCUGACCCGCUGCCAGAUCAUCGUGUCCACUUCAGAGGGCACCAGCUCGCUCCAGUGGACCGGCAGCUCCGCUUCCAAACCAGGCAAACCUAACCGAGGAAAAAAGAAGUUUCCUUCAGUUCGGCAGAAAUUCGAUCAUCGGUUCCAGCCCCAGAAUCCUCUGCAGGCGGCGCAGGCCUUCAGUCCUCGAGAAGCGGCUCUGGAGGACGACGAGCUCCGGCUCAGCGCUCACACACUCCUGCUGCCCAGCCGAGGACAGAUGGAGGCCCGCAUGAUGGUCACCGCCUUCGAGAUGGGCCUCGACAACGUGAGCGAGGACGCCGUCAGCACCGUCGUCUGUGCCCUGGAGGUGCACCUGAAGGACAUCCUCACAGCUCUGGUGUCUCGGAGGAAGGCCUAUCGUCUGCGAGACGGUCACUUCCUGUACGCAUUCGGCAGUGACGUGACCCCUCGGCCGUACCUGAAGAACAGUCUGCCGGCGUAUCACAGCGUCACUCAGUGUCCUCCUCCGAGCGCCUCUCUCCCCGCCGGACCUCCUCCUCAGGUUCUGCCGGACGAUGCUGAGCAGCAGGCCGCUCUUCUGCUGGCGUGUUCUGCUGACCGUCUUCCUCCUCCGCUGCCGCCCGUGGGAGUCUUCGACCUGCUGGAGGCGCUGCAGGUCCAGCGGAGGGUGAUGCCGCCUCACAGCAUGUAUGCUCUGAACAUGGAGAGGAUUCUGGCCCGUCUCUGGCACCCGAGUCACGAGGAGCUGGAGCAGGACCACAUCCACCGCCAGCAUCUGGCCAGUAAAGAGGGUCUGCUGGUCAGCUGAGAUGAAGAACACACACCCAUCAUCAUCAUCAUCAUCACGGAUGUGCUCUGCGUCAGCCGUACUCUCACACGCUUUCUGGUCAUUACUUUCUUUAAAAAGUAAAGGAACAUUUGUAAAUAUGAGCUGUAAAUAAUUCUUUAUUGUUUUCAUGUCUAGUUUUUGUAAGUAUUCUAAAAAUAAAUCUGAAAUGCUG